GGAGGAGGAGGAGGAGGAGGAGGAGGAGGAGGAGGGAAACCGGAGGAUUGACGGCUCUCCUAACGCGGCUGGUGGUGUGACGUCCUAACUCUUCCUGCCCAGCAUGGCUGCGUCCCUGUGGUUCCUGGGGGUGUGUGUGCUCACUCUGGCUCACGUCGCCCCCUCCAGCCAAGCUAUGUCCCGGGCCGCCAUGCCGUUCGGGCUGCUGCGCAGGGAGCUGGCGUGCGAGGGUUACCCCAUAGAGCUGCGCUGCCCAGGAAGUGAUGUCGUGAUGGUGGAGACCGCCAACUAUGGACGCACCGAUGACAAGAUCUGUGACGCAGACCCUUUCCAGAUGGAGAACACGCAGUGUUACCUCCCUGAUGCACUCAAGAUUAUGGCACAGAGGUGUAACAACAGGACUCAGUGUGUGGUGGUGGCCGGGGUCGACGUCUUCCCAGACCCCUGUCCUGGAACAUACAAGUACCUGGAGAUCCAGUAUGAAUGUGUCCCUUACAAAGUGGACCAAAAAGUUUUCGUGUGUCCCGGCUCGCUGCUCAGCAUCCAGCCGGCCUCCUCUCUCCUGGAGGCAGAGCAUCAGUCGGGGGCGUGGUGUAAGGACCCUCUGCAGGCAGGCGAUAGGCUGUAUGUCAUGCCGUGGACGCCCUAUAGGACGGAGGUGCUGUACGAGUACGCCUCCUGGGACGACUACCGCCAAAACAGAGUCACCACCACUUAUAAGUUGCCUAGCCGUGUGGACGGUACAGGCUUCGUGGUGUACGAUGGCGCUGUGUUCUAUAACAAGGAGCGAACGCGCAACCUUGUCAAAUACGACCUUAGGACACGCAUCAAGAGCGGCGAGGCAGUGGUGGUCAAUGCCAACUACCACGACACCUCGCCUUACCGCUGGGGGGGGAAGUCAGACAUCGAUCUGGCGGUGGACGAGAACGGCCUUUGGGUGAUCUACUCCACUGAAGCCAAUAACGGACGCAUCGUGGUCAGCCAGAUCAACCCAUACACCCUGCGCUUCGAGGGUACGUGGGCUACAGGAUUCGAUAAGCGUGGGGCGAGCAACGCCUUCAUGGCCUGUGGCGUGCUCUACGCUGUGCGCUCCGUCUUCCAGGACGACGAGGGGCAGGCGGAGGGCCGGGUCGGCAGCGACAUGGUGAUCUACGCCUACGACACGAGCCGAGGACAGGAGCUGCCCGUUCAGAUACCCUUCCCCAACCCGUACCAGUACAUCUCCUCCAUAGACUACAACCCCAGAGACAACCAGCUGUACGUGUGGAAUAACUACUACGUGCUGAGAUACCCGCUGCAGUUCACCCCGCCCCCGCCAACUAAAGGUCCGCUCUCCUCUCUGAUGACGACCGUGCGCUCGUACACCGCCACUGUGGCGCUGGCCCCGGUGCGCCCCUCCGCCUCUCACCCCAUAGGCGUCAUCAACAGAGGACCCUUUGACCAGCGGCCCAUCACAGCCAUGGUCCCUCUGACUCCACGUCCCCCUCUGCGUGUCCCCAUGGCCCCCGGGGGCCCCGGUCAGGUGAGCGGAUGUGAGGGCCGCGUGGCACGAGGGGUGCAGUGGCCCCCGACGCUGAAGGGAGAGUCGGUGGAGAGACCCUGCCCCAAAGGCUCACUGGGUAUUGCUUCCUAUCAGUGCGUUCAGUCUCCAGUGGGAUGGAACUCCAGAGGGCCUGACCUUUCCAACUGCACCUCUCCCUGGGUCAGCCAAAUCGCACAGAAGAUAAAGAGCGGAGAGAACGCUGCCAACAUCGCCGGAGAGUUGGUCAACCUGACCCGGGGGCGGAUCUACGCCGGUGACGUCAGCAUGUCCGUCAAGCUUACUGAGCAGCUAUUGGACAUCCUGGACUCCCAGCUGCAGGCCCUGAGACCGGCCAAUAAAGAGUCAGCGGCACGCAAUUACAACAAGCUGCAGAAAAGGGAGCGCACAUGCAGAGCAUAUGUUCAGGCGGUGGUUCAGACGGUCAAUAACCUUUUGGGUCCCGAGGCUCUCGUGUCCUGGGCGGACAUGAGCGGCGUUGACCAGUCGCGCUCAGCAUCCCUGUUGUUAGACGCAGUAGAAAAAGGAGCGUUUCUAUUGGCUAACAACCUCUACGAAGGCCGCUUCAGUGACAGGGCACCGAAUGUUGAUUUGGAGGUGUAUGUGCUAAACACAGAGGCAGACAUACAGGACCUGACGUUCCCUCACUCCUACGACAGCGACAGCAUCUUGCAGAUAUCGGCUCAGGCUCUGCAGCAGUACAGCAACAAUGGCCAGGUGAAGCUGGUCCUCUCUCUCUAUAAGAACCUGGGCUCCUUCCUCACCACCCAGAAUUCCACUCUGCGGCUGGGGCUGGGGUUGGGUCAGGGGUCGGACGCCAUGCGCAGGAGCCUGGUGGUCAACUCCCAUGUGAUCUCUGCCUCAGUGCACCGAGGGUCCAACAGAGUGUACCUCUCUGAGCCCGUGAUCUUCACUCUCAGGCACCUGCAGAUGGAGAACCACUUUGGCCCUAACUGCUCUUUCUGGAACGGGACAGGGGUCUCUGGGAGUGGCAGGUGGUCUACACAGGGCUGCCGACUCUUACACACCAACAACACACACACUACCUGCGCCUGCAACCACCUGUCCAGCUACGCCGUCCUCAUGACAUAUCAGCAACCGGCUUUCGGGGUGGGUGUGGAGGAGCUUCUCGUCUACGUGGUCUCCUGGGUCGGCAUCUCUGUGGCGCUGGUGUGUUUGGCCACCUGUCUCACCACCCUGUGCUGCCAGGGGGCGCCCUGGCACACGGACCACAGCACCAUCCACUGCAACCUGUGGGCCAACCUGCUCUUCACUGAGCUGCUCUUCCUCGUUGGUGCCAACAAGACGCAAUACACGGUUGUGUGCUCCAUCAUAGCUGGCCUGCUGCACUUCUCGCUGCUCUCAGUGUUCUGCUGGUUGUGUCUGGAGGGGCUGGAGCUGUACCUGCUGCAGCGUGAGGUCUUCGAAGGACGAAACUCACGGAGGAAGUAUUUCUACCUCUGUGGAUACUCGAUUCCUGGGCUGGUGGUGGCUGUGUCUGCAGCGAUAGACUUCAGAGGCUACGGCUCAAACACUGCAUGCUGGCUGCGAACAGACAAUUACUUCAUCUGGAGUUUCCUGGGCCCUGUGGGUGUCAUCAUCACGUUGAACCUGGUUGUCCUGGUGAUGACUUUACUUAAGAUGCACAGCACUGCUGCUCUGAAGCCAGACUCCAGUCGCCAUGACAACCUGAGGGCGUGGGCGGUGGGCUCCCUGACGCUGCUCUUCCUGCAGAGCGUCACCUGGUCCUCAGGCCUAAUGUUCCUGUGUGCUCCGUCUCUGCUGCUGGCUUACCUCUUCUCCUCCCUCAACACGGCCCAGGGCCUCCUCAUCUCCAUACUGCACUGCACCCUUGCCAGGAAGGGUCAGAAGGACUACGGCCGGUGCCUGCGCCUCUCACAGUGCUGCGCCACAUCCACCUCCAGCUCUCCAGACUCAGUUAAAGGAGCCGCCCUGCGCUCCAACAGCCGCUACACCAGCAGCCAGAGCCGGAGAGCUACCGCUAACAGACAGAGUCGCAUCAGGAGGAUGUGGAACGACACUGUUCGCAGACAGACUGAAUCUUCUUUCAUCGCUGCAGACAUUAACAACACACCUACUCUAAACCGAGCUGCUCUGGGGAACCACUUCCUCACAAAUCCAGUGUUGCAGACUCACGCUGGAGCCUCUCCUUACGACACGAUGCUCGCCCAGGGUUACAACCAACCGUUCACCUCCACAGUAGGAACCUUCAGAAACAAACUGAAGGGUGGUGGGUCCCAGAGCCAGGAGUCCUGUGGGUUGGACAGUGUGUGUCUGAAUGGAGGCUACACCCCCAACAGCUUCACCCUGCACGGGCUGGGAACCACGCCCGGGUCCCGAGCCGGAGUGGUGGGCAGCACCGACCUCCUGCGCGAGGGAGGAGUUGGGAUGGGAGGUGACGACAUCUCCCCCGCCCUCCUCACCCCCCACGGGGCUGCAGAUCUGGGCAGUGGUGCAGGGAUGCGUCAUAACCUGUCUGAUGCGGCGGCGCUGGAAAAGAUGAUCAUCUCAGAGCUGGUGCAGAGCAACCUGAGGCCCUCCACCGCCAUGCCCGUCCCUCCUGAGCGCUACGGCAGCCUGGCGAGGCCUCACCUCCACGACAGGCCUCUCACGCACACCGCUACUUUGACUCGACACCCACAGCCCCCCCAGGACGGGUGGGCUUCCACCAUGCAGACAAACACACGACACAACGGACCAGAGGGCUGGGCGCACACGCGGCACCACACGGAGGACGCUGAGACACAUUCCUCAAACCGUGGACAAGAUCACGCCACAGCGCCGCGCCUACAAGAUGGCUGGUCACAGUCACGAGUUCCUGGAGACCAUGAGUCCCGCGAGCUGCUUAAAGAUGGGGAGCGGUCGCUGCAGGGAACUCUGAGUCGCCGCGGGCUCCAGGACAGGCAGCAGGCGCGCCCCCCCGAUGUCCAGGCACGGCCGUACUCCACCCUCAGCCGCACCCCUGGUACUCUGUCCCGCCACCGCGGCACAAUAGAGCCGAACGGAGGGACAGACAGAGACAGGGACAGGGAGAGAGACAGGGAGCGUUACCGGGACAGGCCCCUCCCGCCUCCUCCUCCCCCUCCCCCGCAGGAGUCUGAGCCCCUGUACAAGGCUCUGGAGGAACCGCUGCUGAUGAAGCAGAGGGAGGCCAACGUGGAGACCUGGAGAAACUGCCAGGAGAGGGAGAAGGAUGAGACAUUUCUCUUAAAAAGAGACGAGAUGAUGGACGACUGGAGGGGAGCAACCGAAAGAGGGAGGGACGAGUCUUUCACCUCUCAAACGCGGGAUGGAGAGAUGGACGAAUGGCGUGCUGGGAUGGAGAAGGCAAGGGAGGAUAUGCUGGAGAAGAGAGGGGGGAGGAUGGAGGUGUGGCGGGGAGGAGCAGAGACGGACCAGGAAGAGACUUUUAUAACUCAGAAGAAAGAUUUUACGCUGGAAGGAUGGAGGGCUGGGAUGGACAGAGACAAAGAUGAAUCCUUGUUUUUGAAGGACAGAGACGGUUGGAGAGCGGGGAUGGAGCGAGAGAAUGACAAGCAGAAGGAGCGAGUGCUGGACGUGUGGAGAGGAGGGAUCGACGUAGACAGGGAGGAGUCUUUCCUGUUCGAUAACAAAGAUGGCGGCCUCGACGGCAUGAAGAGAGGGAAAGACAGAGGGUCUCUCCGGUACCAUGGCGAACGAGAGGAUUCCGACAGCUUCUCUCUGCCCUUGACUCCUGACCUUGACCUUGACCCUGACUCCUCACCCAUCUACGCCCACGAUUCAAAUCCCUCGCUCUACCCCGGAGACCGCUGCUCGCCUCCAAUCAGCAUCUUCCCCCGAAGCUCUCCCCCUACAAAUAUCUUCGUUCCUCGAGACAAUAACUCGCCUCCAAACAAUAUCUACUCCCGCCACUCCCCGCAGGUGUACAGCCGGAGCAGCUCCCCUCCUCGAUUCUACACCCGCACCUCCCCUCCCACGCUCUCGUACCCUGACAGCAGCCCUGAAGGUCCUGAAGACGUCAGUCCCACUGGCCAGACCCAGCGGCCCGCCCUGGAGCUGCCCUACAGCCUGGGGCGGCCCCCGCUGGGCCCGCGACCCAAUCACCUGCAGACCUUCUACCAGCCGCCGCCAAUGGCAUCCAAUGGAGAAGCAGCGUACACAGGAGAGCCCGCAUCGGAGGGAGAAGACGGACAGAUGCAGCGGGUGACGAGUCUGUGACUAGGGCGGUGGUGAUCGGGGCAUAGAAACCAGGGAUGACGCGGAAGACAGGGAUAAUACCAAAUAAUGAUGAUCAAACUGAUGGAAAUGACGAUGAUUGUGAUGAUGAAGAGGACAACAAGGAUAAAUGCUGAAGGUAACGAUGACGACAGCGAUGGCUCCUCCCUGCUUCUAUCUCCCGAUCACCACGAGACUGCCACCUUUUCAUGUUUUGUUACUUUUCUAUGACUGUGAUCCAUUUAAACCUCCUCGACUUCCUCUCCUCAUCCUCUCUACCCCGAAGCCCUGCUGUGUUUUCCCGUCUCAUCGGUGGUUAUCUUUAUCGGCCCAUCGUCUAAGUUUCUAUUGGUUCGUCGGCUGCGUGUCGCCCUUUCCUGUAGCAAGCAAACAGUGUGUCAAAGAAGCACUCAAGUGUUGCCAAAAAAUACUUUCAAAGAACAUGUGCAUGACUUUAUAGUGGCUUUACAAGGCUGCAUACAGUAGGAGGAAAGCGCUGAAGUGUGUGUGUGAGCGUGUGUGCGCAAAAGAGUGCGUGUGCGUAGCUUGAAGAGCAUGCGUGUGUGUAAGGAAGAGUGUGUGUGAGUGUGUGUAUAUACAUCAUUAUUGUAUAAUUAAUGUAUCACAGUGAAGCAUUUUAUCAAUAUCAACUGGGGGGACUCUUACACAAAUCCCCUCCCACUGAUUUUGAACUCUUGACCAAUCCCAUUUCACAUCAAGACCAAAACCUCCGCCGCCCCUCCCCCAACCUGCCACAAACUGUCGGUGAUGGGACUCGUUGCCAUGGAGUUUGUCAUAGCAACAGGACUCUUGAAUCCAGAGCCAGAGAUCAUAUGAAACCUCAAAACUUUUCUGCGCCCCUGAGACCCCUGUACAUAUCGACCUCAAGUGUUCUGACUGUCUUGUAUUGCUAUUGAAGUUCAAGUAAACAUGUGAAAUAAAUGUAACUGUCUUU